AUGGGUGUCGACAUGAUGUCUCCACCUUUGAGGAAUUUAAAGUGUUUUUCGCCGGUGAUGUGCCAGUGUAAGCUCAUCUGUAGCAACCGAACCCUCUCCCUCAUGUUUGGCUGCAAGAAAUAUAGAUAUCAGGAUGAGGAAACGCCCCCCUUGGAGCAUAGCCCCGCCCACCUGGCCCACAGCAAGAGUGCCGAGAUGCUGCACAUGAGCGACAAGAGCCUGGCAGCCAUGGACAUGCACGGCUACGCCCCCCACACACACAUCUCACCCAUCAAGCCGGUGUUGAUGUCGGCUGGACACACCCCUCUGUACACCUCGGCAGUCUCCACACUGGCAAACUCCCCUCCAGUGGUGGUGAAUACAGACACUCUGGAUGGAUCUCCCUACGUGAACGGGACGGAAGGGGAGAUAGAGUACGAGGAGAUUACCCUGGAGAGGGGUAACUCUGGCCUGGGCUUCAGCAUUGCGGGUGGCACAGACAACCCUCACGUGGGAGACGACCCCAGCAUCUUCAUCACCAAGAUCAUACCUGGAGGAGCCGCCGCGCAGGACGGAAGACUACGGGUGAAUGACAGCAUCCUGUUUGUGAACGAGGUGGAUGUGCGUGAGGUGAGCCACAGCCAGGCGGUGGAGGCCCUGAAGGAGGCGGGGGCCAUCGUGCGGCUCUACGUGCUGCGCAGGAAGCCCGUCGCCGAGAAGCUCCUCGAGCUCAAGCUCAUCAAAGGACCCAAAGGGCUGGGCUUCAGUAUAGCAGGGGGCGUGGGGAACCAGCACAUCCCCGGAGAUAACAGCAUCUACGUCACCAAGAUCAUCGAGGGAGGAGCGGCGCACAAAGAUGGUCGACUACAGAUAGGAGACAAGAUACUAGCGGUGAAUAACGUGUGUUUGGAGGACGUGAUGCAUGAGGAUGCGGUGGGGGCUCUGAAGAACACGGCGGAGGUGGUCUACCUGAGAGUAGCCAAGCCCAACAACCUGUACAUGACCAACACCUACAACCCCCCAGACCUCACCAGCACGUAUUCGCCACACCUGGACACGGAGCUGGGCCACCCCAACUACGGCCUGGGCUCCGAUUACCCACAGGCCCUCACCCCCACCUCGCCCAGCCGCUUCUCCCCGGUGCUGCACGGCCUUAUGGGAGAGGACGACCUCCCGAGGGACCCUCGGCGUGUGCUGAUCCACCGGGGCUCCACGGGUCUGGGCUUCAACAUCGUGGGCGGAGAGGAUGGGGAGGGCAUCUUCAUCUCCUUCAUCCUGGCCGGAGGCCCCGCGGACCUGAGUGGAGAACUGCGCAAAGGGGACCAGAUACUCAGCGUGAAUGGUGUGGACUUGAGGAAUGCAACUCAUGAGCAGGCAGCCGCAGCACUGAAGAACGCAGGGCAGACUGUUACCAUCAUCGCCCAGUACAGACCUGAGGAGUACAGUCGAUUCGAGGCUAAGAUCCAUGAUCUUCGGGAACAGCUGAUGAACAGCAGUAUGGGCUCUGGCACCACCACGCUGAGAAGCAACCCCAAGAGAGGCUUUUAUAUCAGAGCUCUGUUUGACUACGAUAAGACGGUGGACUGUGGCUUCCUGAGCCAGGCGAUCGGCUUCAAGUUUGGCGACGUGCUGCACGUGCUGGACUGCGGGGACGAGGAGUGGUGGCAGGCCACGCGCGUCAACCCCCAGGGGGACAGCGAGGACGUCGGCUUCAUACCCAGCAAGAGGAGGGUGGAGAGGAAAGAAUGGUCUCGCUUCAAAUCAAAAGAAAGGGAUCGCAGUCGAGACAGUUUAGGAUCCCAAGGGAGAGAAGAAAAUGGUAACAGUUAUGAAACUGUCACCCAAGUUGAAGUGCACUAUGCGAGGCCCAUCAUUAUUUUGGGCCCGGUGAAAGACAGGGUAAAUGACGACCUGCUGUCGGAGUUUCCUGAUAAGUUUGGCUCCUGUGUGCCUCAUACGACGCGGCCUAAGAGGGAGUACGAGGUGGACGGCCGUGACUACCACUUUGUGUCGUCACGGGAACAGAUGGAGAAGGACAUCCAGAGCCAUCGCUUCAUCGAGGCCGGCCAGUACAACAGCCACCUGUACGGCACCAGCGUACAGAGCGUACGAGAGGUGGCCGAGCAGCAGGGUAAGCACUGUAUCCUGGACGUGUCGGCCAAUGCCAUCCGGCGGCUGCAGGCGGCUCAGCUGCACCCCAUAGCCAUUUUCGUGCGGCCCAAGUCGCUGGAGAACGUCCUAGAGCUGAACCCGCGCCUAACGGAGGAGCAGGCGAGGAAAGGCAUGGACCGCGCCGUCAAGCUGGAGCAGGACUUCUUGGAGUGCUUCUCUGCGGUGGUGGAGGGCGAGCGCUUUGAGGAGGUCUACCACCAAGUGAAAACAGUCAUCGAGGAGCAGUCUGGGCCUUACAUCUGGAUCCCCACGCGGGAGAGGCUCUGAGCUGGGAGCUGCCCGCCUCGCCUCUGCCUCUGCGUCUGCCUCGCCUACCCACACUUCCCUAACCCCCCACCCCAGAAUCCAGCGCUCCAAUGCAGUCACCAUUCAGCCUAGCCUCCUCCGUCCUCCCACUAUGGAGAACAUGCCCAUAGACACAAGAGGGGGGAGAAGGAGGGAGGAGAGAGGGAGCCAGAGAGAGAGGGAGUGAGAGUGGCUCUCCUCUUCUCUUAGUGCGCGUUUUCAUCACUCAGUCUUAACAUAGAGUAUGAAGAAGGACUGGUAGAGAAUGUUCCAGAAUGGGAAAUAAAGGAGGAGGGUGAGCAAGAGAUAGAUAGAUAGAUAGAUAGAUAUGGAUAGAGAGAGAGAAGGAGAAAGAGAGAGAGAGAGAAAGAAAGAAAGAGAGAGGAAAUUGGAAUGGGAAAGCACGGAAACACUCACAGCCUUUUAUUCCCAUCUCUCUCUUUCCAUCUCUCUCGCUCUCUCUUUCACUCUUUUUCUCUGUAAUUCUGGGCUUUCUCUCUUGCUCUUCUACACCUGGUUGUUGAGCCGGCUCCAGUCUCCAGUAAGAUCGAGGGGCUAAAGCAGAACAAAAUGACAGAGCAGAACGGAGGAGUAAAUGAAAUGAUAAGUCCCUCCUCCUCCUUUUUUGUAUUCUGUCCAUCUCCCUGAUUCCUGCCUUCAUCUCCUUCUCUGCACUCAAAAGGACAGAAACUAAAGGAGCGAGAGUGAGUGAGUCAGAGAAGGAGAAGAGAGAGGAGGAAGUGGAGGAGGAAGGGUAGGAAAGGACAGAAGCCGAGGCAGCAUUGACUGACUGUGGUCUGAUGGUGGUCCGAUGAGCGAAAAAUCUGAAAAAUCCACUCACGCUCAUUUUACAACAAUAAGACAAAAAGCAAGAACAGCCGUUCCUGAACAAUGAAAGUAUAUUUAUUAAUAACAACAAUAAUAAUAUGAGAAAUAUCAAAGGUACUAUGACUUUAAAAAAAUGACUUCUUACUCACUUUCGGUUUGCCCAUUGAAUGGAUUUUUG